AUGGAUCUCUCGAAACACUUCGAGUGCCUCUCGCAAUGGCCCACACACCUCGCCCCCGGCCUGCCCACUGUCGGAGCCCUGCUUCUGCUGGCCACCGGCGGGCUGGUCGUUGCCUGCAAAGUCUGGACCUUCAUUCGCGUGCUGCUCAGCCUGUUCGUGUUGCCUGGAAAGCCGCUCCGCUCCUUCGGUCCCCCCGGUAGCUGGGCAGUGGUGACCGGCGCAUCAGACGGCCUGGGCAAGGAAUUCGCGCUGCAGUUGGCGCGGUCAGGGUUCAACAUUGUGCUGGUAUCACGAACAGCCUCGAAACUCGCUGCUCUCGCCGAAGAAAUCACAGCGCAGUACUCCGUCGAAACUGAGACCGUGGCCAUGGACUUUGCGCGCAACGCGGACGCAGACUACGAGGCCCUGCGGGAGGUCGUGGCAGAGCUGGAUGUGUCUGUGCUGGUCAACAACGUGGGCCAGAGCCAUUCGAUCCCCGUUCCUUUCGCCCAGACCCCGGCCUCAGAGAUGGCCAAUAUCGUCACGAUCAAUUGUAUGGGUACCCUGCGCGUCACCCAGCUCGUUGUGCCAGGCAUGAUCCAACGCCGCCGCGGUCUAGUUCUCACCAUGGGCUCCUUUGGCGGCCUGCUCCCGACCCCACUGCUGGCCACCUACUCCGGCAGCAAGGCUUUCCUGCAGCACUGGUCGACCGCGCUGGGAGCCGAGCUGGCUCCCCACGGCAUCACAGUCGAGCUCGUCCAGGCCUACUUGAUCACCUCGGCCAUGUCCAAGAUCCGUCGCGCGUCGGCCUCCAUCCCAACGCCGCGCGCAUUUGUCCGCGCCACCCUUGGCAAGAUCGGUCGGAGUGGCGGCUCACCCGCUUACGCUUAUAGCUCCUCGCCUUACUGGAGUCAUGGGAUUAUGGCUUGGUUCUUGACCUCGGUCACUACGCCUAUGAAUUCGUUUGUCAUCUCUCAGAACAAGAGUAUGCAUGAGUCUAUUCGCAAGCGUGCUCUGCGCAAGGCGGAGCGGGAGAGUGCGAAGAAGAGCACCUAA